AGAAGCAGCCGCUAACCCGGAAGAAGUCGCGUUAAGCCGCUCUGGAGGUAGUGGUGGAGGCAGCUGCGAGUUUGGAGGAGGCUGCGGCACUAGGAUGAACGCCCCUCCCGCCUUCGAGUCAUUCCUGCUGUUCGAAGGCGAGAAGAAGAUCACCAUUAACAAGGACACCAAGGUACCCAAUGCCUGUUUGUUCACCAUCAACAAAGAAGAUCAUACACUAGGAAACAUCAUUAAAUCACAGCUGCUGAAGGACCCACAGGUGCUGUUUGCUGGCUACAAAGUCCCCCACCCUUUGGAGCACAAAAUCAUCAUCCGUGUGCAGACCACACCAGACUACAGCCCCCAGGAGGCCUUCACCAAUGCCAUCACAGACCUCAUCAGCGAGCUCUCCCUGCUGGAAGAGCGAUUCCGGGUGGCCAUCAAAGACAAGCAAGAAGGAAUUGAAUAAUUCCAGAAGGCUGGAAGGAGUCUUGCUUGGCCAGUUCCUACCUUGCACCCAGCCCUUCUCCAGGCACCAAGUGGAAGACAGCAGCUUGUCCCUGGAGCAGCUGCGGGCCUCCCUGGAGAUACCCGGAGAGCCCCUCACCCCUAACACCAGUGUGUCCUCUACAUAGAUUGCUUCAUCUUCCUAAUAAAGUAUGGAGGAAAAGAC